AUGCAUCUCGUGGAGCGCGAGGUGGAGGGCCUCGCUUGUCGAGCUCUGCUCGCUCCACCGGGCUGGACGGCGCGGGUGCACCACGACACUCUUGGGGAUUCCUCGCUAAACAUGGCGCACUUUGAGCGACUUGACGCCUCCGGGGAUUCUCUCUACGUCGCAGAGUACUUCGUUCCACGUGCCGCGGCGCGUGACGAGGGCGUCCUUCAACAGCAGCUGCAGCAGCGGUUGGUCGCAUGCGCCUCUAACGCCGUGGGGCCGGCACAGUCGCCAGUUUGUGUUGUCCGGAGACUGGAGCCGCCGGAGAGAGCUGCACUGCGCGCGUCGCCGGCGGCGCUGCUUGCCCGACAUGCCCUUUUCGUCUGCGUGGCCCUCUGGGCGGCGGACACGGGGCGGGCUGCAAUGGAGCAGGUGGCCAAUGCGGUCGCAGACGAUUUGAGGGGACGCCACAUGCGUCUUUGGACGGCGUCGGAGCCUGGGGAUGCCACACUUAACUGUGGCCCCGCCGCGGUCUACACCGCGCGGGGUCGCGCCAUGAUUCAUGUCACUGAGCAGGCCUUCUGCGCUUUCGAGUGGAAUCCGACGCUCUGUCCGCGCGUGGAGCAGAGGCUCCAUACGCUGCAGGCGGAACUAGGCCUGGUCUCAGAGAACCUGCGCCUUGCUAUGGGGGGCGACCCCGCUGCCGUCGUCGCUGUGGCGCUUCUGCCCCUGUCCCCCGGCGUGUCGCUGCUGAAGUCUCGCGCGAUCGCCCGGGUUUGGGCGCGGCACGUCAAGCGGGGUGGGUGGCACAGUGAACUACUGAUGCGCGCGGGCCCCGCCAUUCCGGACCUCGCGGCGCCCUGGCGAGUGACACCGCGCGGCGAGUUCUACGUCCUCUCCAAGGAAGCAAGCGAGGUGGACGGGGUGGUGGCGUGGGUCACGGAGCUGCGGGCGGGGAGUGACUGCUGCGUGGUGCUGCUGACCCCGGCGCCUAGCGGGGGGCUGGACCGCGGCGACACACACGGCAGCCCCCAUCCCCGGCAGGCCCAGUGUGCGUGGCUGCAGCGCACGUUUCGCGUGUCCAUCGCUACUGCGGCGUCGUGGACGCCGCUGGGCGUGGGCAAAGAGCCUGGUCUGCUCUUUCGCGAGGGAAGCCUCGUCGUGCAUGUCCCCGCUUCGUCGGUGGCGUACACAAAUGCGACCGCGGUGCCCACGGCCGCGGUGAGCCUUGUCUCGCUCGGCGCCAUCACCGUGGCGGCGGAGGACGCCGGCCUGCGUCUGCGGCGGCAGGCAACCUUUACCCUCCUCAAGGAGUUCCGCAGCCCUGAGGACUACAUCGACUACUUUGUGACGGAGUAUAUGUACGACACGCCACUUGAGAAAGGCUCGGCGGUCUUUCGUAGGCGUCGUCGACAACCAACACUGCCGCCGCCGUCAAAGGCAAAGCGGAGUUUUGGAGAAGGGGAGGAACAUUCGGUGUGGAUUCGUCUCAGCGAGGAGGCGGCCGUAUACUGCGUGGCGCGCGGGUGUGGUGUGGGCCGCUUGAUGCUAACGCAGGCGUGGGUGUUUGGCGCCCCCGCCGUGGAUGACGCGGUGGCGGAGGGGUGGGAGGCGUGGGUCUCCGGCGUGUCGGUGUCAUGCCUCUCGCCUGCUGAAGUCUGA